GUGCGUCAGGAAGAAAUUUCGGAGCUUGACUUCAUGGCGAAUGACAAGCGAACGUGCGUCAUGCCUGUUGCUCAUGGCUGCGAGGACAUCAGUGGCAAGGUUAAUAUCCUUCUGCAGUCCUAUUUAUCGAAUUACCACCCAGGUAUUUUUUCUCUUUCUGCCGACGAGAAUUAUGUCGUUGAUAAUUGUAAACGACUUCUUCGUGCACUUUUCGAAAUUGCGCUACAGAAAGGCUGGGCUAUGGUGGCAACUACGCUUCUGCGAUUGUGCAAAGCCGUCGAACACGAGAUGUGGUUUUUUCAGAACCCGCUGAAGCAGUUUCGUGGCUUCAUAAAACACGAAACACUGGAGAAGUUAGAAAAGAUGAACUUGACGCUAGAUCGCAUAAAAGACUUGACAUCGAAAGAAAUUUCACAGUUGCUAAGGGAUGAUGGCGAGUAUUUAAAGAGUUUCACGAACAAAUUGCCGUUUUUGAAAAUCGAAUCGAAUGUACAGCCUAUCACUCGUACAGUCUUGCGAAUUGUGCUUAAUAUCUCCGCGGAUUUUGUUUGGGACCGACAUUUACUUUCGAAUGCACCAUGUAUUUUCCAUAUUUGGAUAGUAGAUCCUCUCUCGAAUAAUAUCUACCACCGGGAGCGCUUCGUUAUGCCGCAGAAACAAGCGAAAAGCAAGGAACCUCAGCGACUGAUAUUCACGAUCCCAGUUUCUGAACCGCUUCCCAAUCAGUACUACGUCCACUGGCAGUCAGAUUCUUGGCUCGGAAGCGAAGACACGCUUCCACUGUCUUUCGAUGCUUUAAUUUUGCCCAAAAGCUUUCCAUCCAAUACAAAGCUUCUGGACUUGCAGCCGCUAAGCGUGUCAGCUCUCGGAGACCGUUCGCUGGAGUCAUUAUACACAUUUUCGCACUUCAAUGCUGUCCAGACACAGCUGUUUUUCUGUUUGUUCCACACUGACUCAAACGCGUUGAUUGGCGCACCGACGGGAACAGGUAAAACAGUCGCCGCCGAAUUGGCGAUGUUCCGCGUGCUGCGACAAACCCCUGAACGUAAAUGCGUUUACAUAGCCCCACUGAAAGCGUUGGUGAAAGAGAGAAUGAGGGACUGGAAAGAAAGAUUCGAACAGAAACUCAACAAACGGGUUGUGGAGGUGACGGGGGAUUUUACUCCUGAACUGAAGGAGCUACUUGUCGCAGAUAUCAUCGUAACAACUCCUGAAAAGUGGGACGUAAUGUCACGUAGCUGGCAGACCAGAAGUUACGUUCGAAGCGUCGCUCUUAUCAUCAUCGACGAAAUACAUUUGCUGGGUGAAGAGCGAGGUCCAGUGUUGGAGGUGAUCGUUUCCAGGACGAAUUUCAUUUCGGCCGCUACAAAUUUAAAUUUGCGCAUCAUUGGUCUUUCAACCGCUUUAGCCAAUGCGGACGAUCUUGCGUUAUGGCUGGGCAUUAAGGAGUUCGGACUGUUUAAUUUUGAACCAUCCGUGAGACCUGUGCCACUUGAAGUUCAUAUUUCGGGUUAUUCCGAGCGCCGCUACUGUCCUAGAAUGGCAAAAAUGAACAAACCAUGUUUUCAAGCUAUAAAGACGCAUUCGCCAGAAAUGCCUGUGCUUAUUUUCGUGUCUUCAAGACGACAGACACGACUAACAAGCGAUGAUCUGAUCGCAUACAUAUGCGGUAGCGAUCAUCCGAAGCAGUGGUUGCACAUGACCGAAGACGAGUUCAGUAUCGUAAGAGACAUGAUCCAUGAACCUGCCCUGAAAACGACCCUAUCCUUCGGCAUUGGAAUGCAUCACGCGGGGAUGUACGAAAAUGACAGGCGCCUGGUGGAGGACUUAUUUGCCGAACGAAAAAUACAGGUACUGAUCGCCACUGCGACUCUUGCAUGGGGAAUAAAUUUGCCGGCGCAUUUGGUGAUCGUCAAGGGGACUGAGUAUUACGAUGGCAAAACGAGGGGUUUCGUCGAUUUCCCUAUUACUGACGUUUUGCAAAUGAUUGGCCGUGCCGGACGACCACAGUUCGAUGACCGCGGCAUUGCCGUGAUCUUGGCCGAGGACAGAAAGAAAGAGUUCAUUCGAAAGUUCCUUUAUGAACCGCUUCCGGUUGAGUCGAAUCUUCUUGAAGCGUUUCCCGACCACCUUAACGCGGAAAUCGUCGCAGGAACCAUCAACACUACGCAUCAAGCACUUGAUUACUUAACUUGGACAUAUUUUUUUAGGCGAAUGUUCAUUAAUCCAUGUUACUAUGGACUUCAAAGUCAUGAACCGCUACAAGUGAACAAAUUCUUGUCAGGGAUCGUUCAACAGGCGAUCGGUGCACUGGAAUCUUCCAGUUGCGUCUGCACGUUGGAGGACAGACGCACCGUAUGCGCUACGUUUCUUGGUAGAAUCGCAUCCUAUUAUUACUUAUCGCACAAGACCGUUAAACUUCUCAAUCUACAAUUGAAAAACGAUGUCAAGAUACCCGACUUGCUCAAAAUUCUUUCGGCGGUGACGGAAUACAACGACGUGCCUGUCAGGCAUAAUGAAGAUGAAUUAAAUAGGUACAAAAUUGAUUUAGGAACUUAG